AUGGAUUUUCUUUUUUGCCUUGCUUUUUUUCUUCUCCUUUUUUUAAUUUUUCCUCCUAAGAGGGGCAAAGAGAAUAGCAAGAUACAGCAUUGUCAUCCGACAUCCACCUUCAUGGCAGCCAGUAACAGCAAAUCCCAUGAGAAAUCCACAGCCCCCUUUACCCCCAAGGAAGGAUGUCCUCCUUUGAUUCAAGCUGUUCAGAAAGGUGAUAGAGGUUUGGUCCUACAACUGUUAGAAGAAGGAGCUGAUAUCAAUGUCAGGGCAAAGGGGGGAUGGACUCCACUGCAUAAUGCUGUGAAAGAAGGCAAAGAGGAGAUUGUUCAGCUUUUACUAGAUAAAGGAGCUGAUCCUCAUAUCAGGAAGGACAAUGGUGCCACUCCCUUCAUUGUAGCUGGAAUUAUGGGUGAUGUGAAGCUCCUGAGACUUUUUCUUUCUAAGGGAGCAGAUGUCAACGAACAUGAUAUCCAUGGGUUCACAGCAUUUAUGGAAGCUGCCUGUUAUGGUAAGGUGGAGGCUUUAGAAUUCCUAUAUAAAAAUGGGGCGAAUGUGAAUUUAGGACGACAAACUAGUGAGGAACAAAAGAAAUUGGGCAAAGGGGGGACCACAGCCCUCAUGGAUGCAGCCCAAAAUGGUCAUGUCGAUGCAUUGAAAAUCCUUCUUGAAAAGAUGGGGGCAGAUGUGAAUGUUUGCGACAACAUGGGCAGGAAUGCUUUGUUCCACAGUUUACUGAAUCCUAAGAUUGAAAAUGUGAAGUGUAUCGUAUCCAUCCUGCUAGCUCAUGGAGCUGAUGUCAAUGUGAGGGGAGAGAAAGGGAAAACACCUUUAAUCCUGGCAGUAGAGAAGGAAGAUGAUGAGUUAGUAAAGAUGCUGCUAAAACAAGAUGGCAUUGAUAUCAAUGAGACAGACAGUGAUGGCAACACAGCUCUGCUGCUUGCUGUUGAAAAGAAUCACUUUGACAUUGCCAAAUUGCUGUGUGAAAGUGGAGCCAAAGCAGACUGUGAAGAACUCAUUAAUAUAGCUGAGAGGAAGUACAACCCGAAAAUGAAAAGGCUUCUUCAAGACUAUGGAGCCCAUGAGAAUUUCUGUUGCCCUGAUGAGUCCUGGGAACCCAACAGUCAACGAUGGAAAGUCCCCCUGAAGAAGCUUCAUGAAAUGUACCGUCCCAUGAUUGGCAGACUCAAAAUUUUCAUUGAUAAAGAGUACAAGAUUGCAGAAACUUCUGAAGGUGGGGUAUAUCUGGGGUUUUAUGAUGGGAAAGAAGUAGCUGUGAAGCGAUUCCGAGAAUACAGUAAACGGGCUGAGCAGGAAAUUGCUUGCAUCCAGCAGUGUCAGAAGAAUAGCAACUUGGUGAUGUUUCAUGGGAGAGAGAGUGACAAGGGCUGCUUAUAUUUGUGCUUUUCUCUUUGUGAGAAUACUCUGAAGGAACAUCUGGCUGGCCAAAGAGAAGCAGCCUUGAUGGAUGAAGACUUCACCAAAAACAUUCUCAUGUCUUUGUUUAAGGCAGUACAAGAACUACAUGGAAGCCACUAUGCCCACCAAGACCUGCACCCAGAGAAUAUCUUGAUAGAUUCUACAGGUAAAGUGUGUUUGGCAGAUUUUGAUAAGAGCGAAAAAUUGGAUGAAGCUCAGCAGAAAAUUAAGGAUGACCUAAAGGCUCUUGGGAGGCUGGUCCUGUAUGUGGUGCGGAUGGGGAAUGUCCCCUUUGUAGAAAUCCAGACCCAAAGUGAUGACGAAGUCAUAGAUGAUUGUCCAAAUGAUGAAAUUGAAGAUCUUGUGAAGAGUCUUCUCUGCCCUGGGGAAGAAUUCCAGAGUCAGCUAAGUGAGAUAGUCUUUCAUCCUUUCUUCUGGAGCUGCAAAACUCGUUUCAGGUUUCUUCGAGAUGUGGGGAAUGAAUCUGACAUCAAAGUACGAGAAAAGGACAGUAAACUCCUCAGAGAACUCAACUCUACCAACAAGUUUCAAAACUGGACAGCUGCGAUUGAUAAAUCUGUCAUGACAAAAAUGAAUUCAUUUUAUAAGGAGGAGAGAUUAUUCUACAAAAAUACGGUUGGAGACUUGCUGAAAUUUAUCCGGAAUAUAGGUGAACACAUUGAAGAAAGAAAGAAUAAAUGGAUGAAGUCAAAAAUUGGGGAACCUUCCAAAUAUUUUCAGAAGACUUUUCCUGAUCUAGUGAUCUAUGUUUACCAGAUAUUGCAAGCCAUAAAUUACAGGAAACAUUUCCCCAGGGCCGACAGUUCUUUGCCUGGGUAGUUGACACCAAGCCAACAUGACUUCUGACUUGAGGAUAUUUUGUUUAAGUCAUUUUUCUCAUGCAGCUCAUUGGAUGAAUCCUAUUUAAUUAAACAAAUGCUUAAUGAGA